GUGCAUUUUAUUGUAAAUAACUGCAAAUAGAACAUCACUGAAUACAAUGUUAAGUUGUUUUUUAUGAAUUGCUUGUAGUUUUUGCAAAUGCCAUAAUAUCCGAUCAUUUUAUAUUCAGAUUUUGAUUUCGUUAAUGUACUGACUUGUGUAAGUAGAAAAAAAGACCUGUUGACUUUUACACGAAAGUCAAUAACACUUCUACAAAAAGGGAAGCGUAAGAAAAGUCGCACGCCUCCUUGGCUUGCUUCACGCAAUACGGCCAGGGAAUAUGAAAGUACAAACCACCCAAUGGCAUUAGCAAACCCUUACAAUUAUUCUUAAACAUAUUUUACGUUAAAUAUGCCGGAAGGACAAACGCGUUUGUGAGCCGCCGCACAAAGUUUCUAGAGAGCCCAGAACUAUUUCUUCAAACUCAUCUGGCUUGAUUUGGAAAGAUUUAUGGAUUUACUUGCGUGUAACAUUUGUACGAAGUAAGAAACGCGACGCAGUGGAUAUGGGCGUUAGAUCUGCGGCACAUUCCGGAAGCAGACUGCGGAGCAGUGGUAUGCCUAUUUCUUAUUUGAUCUUAUUUCAUAACCACUAACCUGCAUCAUACUGAGGUUAGUACGUGUAAAGGGUAGUGAUUAUACCUGACGAACAGAUCGUAGACACCAGAAUUAGCCAUUAAUUGAAAUAUAAGUUUGUGUUUCUACAGCAGUAUCUUUCGCCUUCUCUGCCGUCGUCGAAAACACGCUUUCGUGUCAAGGAGUCAAUUGAUGGCUGUUUUAAGUAGAUUUUAGGGGAAAAUACGUCGUAUUUAUUAUACCAGUACAGGGGAGGGAUAGAAAUAAGUCUAAGGUUUGGCAGAAAUAUUGCUCAAGUUGAAUAAAAUGUCACAUAAUGUUUCCCUAUUAUUAAUAUUUUCACCUGCCAGUUGCCUGUGAAAUGGAAAGGGAAGGAAAAUCGUGUCAAUAUCCCUGUGAGAAAUUAAAGAAGUACAAAUGUUUUUGUUGCCACUUCAACUACUAAAACUAGAUAGAUUCUUGAAGCGUUUAAUACCAGUCGCGGGGAUAUAGUUUAACUGUUUAACAGAUUUAGUUUCAUCUUGUAAAAAAAAAGCGCAAAUGAAUUAACUUGUUGCAAAGGCGAUCAUUAUUAAAGUGGAUUCAUUCUAUCAUGUAUGUGCGCUUCUGGAUGAUUUACCAUGAAUUGAUUAAUCACCGAAGUAAUUGAUUUGUCUUUGGGUGAAGAUGUAAAACAGCCUCUUUCUUUGCGCAUUAGAGGAGCCGUCAUGUGCCAUCGUCCACGUGAGCCUGCAGCUUCCCAAACGUUUCCCCUUUAAUGAUGACUUUGGGUCCAUUGUGGUAGUGAGUGGCAGGGAUGGGGGACUGGAGCCUGGGCUUGGGAACCCUGGGGGAGGAGGCGCUGCGCAAGCUGGCGGCAAUGCUGGACAACCCCAAGUGCGGCUGGCGACAGCUGGCCGCUGCGCUGACGGAGAAACCGCAGUUCCGCUACAGUGAGAAGCAGCUGAUGGGCUGCUCCCUCCAGGUGCUCAGCUCCACCGGCAGCCCCGGCCGCUCCCUGCUGGCCAUGCUGGCCGACCAUGCCUGCUCCCUGGGUUUCUUGCUGCACUGCCUCAAGAAGAUCGAGCACCACAGUGCAGUUCAGUAUCUCAGUUUUACAGUGAUGGAGCGGAUCCAGAUUACAGUUCAGCCGGAAUCUCAGUUUGUGCAGGAGGGCAAGAGCGUGACUUUGAAGUGCCAGGCGACCGGGCCGAUGGGCCUGACCUACCAGUGGUUUAAGGGGAAGGAGGAGGUUCCUGGUGGCAGUGGCUCUGAGCUGGUGCUGUACCCGUUUGUGACACCUCAGCAGGGGCACUACAUCUGCCGUGUGAGCCAGGCGGAGCACUUCCUCUUCUCGCAGUGGGCACGUGUCAGUUUGGCGGGCUCGCGCAGUGCCAGCAUGGGAACUGUUUACAACUUCUCCUCUGCGAGGGAUCUGUGCAUCAUCAGGCAGCCCCAAAGUAUGGCCGUGUCUGAGGGGGAAACCCUGCAUCUGGAAUGUACAGUUGAGGGCAACCCAGUUCCCGAGUACCAGUGGUACCAUAAUAAGGACCCUCUGCCUCUGGCUGUGGACUCCCAUCUCAAGAUUCCAUGUGUGACCACUGCAGAUAGGGGGCAGUAUAGCUGCAGAGUGUACAAUUGCUACCAGGAAGUCUGGAGUGAUGAAGUUCACGUGUCAGUCGGUCCCUGCUCGUUCUCUGAAUCUUGCUGGGCUGAGAAUGUCCAAGGUUCAUCUGCAUGCCCAGUGAGGCUGUGCCGUCAUUUCUAUGCGACAGACAAGGUGGCCCUGCUUAUUGGGAACAUGAACUACCAGCACCACCGGCAGCUGAAGGCCCCCAUGUCCGACGUCCACGAGCUCACCAACCUACUGCGGCAGCUGGACUUCAAAGUGGUGUCUUUGCUGGACCUCAGCUGGCAGGAGAUGCACAGUGCCGUGACAGAGUUCCUUUUGCUGCUGGACCGCGGCGUCUACGGGUUGCUGUACUUUGCGGGUCACGGUUACGAGAACUAUGGCAACAGCUUCAUGGUGCCCAUCGACGCGCCCGCUUCUUACACCUCAGAACACUGUCUGUGGGUGCAGGACGUGCUGCAGCGCAUGCAGGAGCGUCAGACGGGGCUCAAUGUCUUCCUCCUGGACAUGUGUCGCAAACGAAACCUGAACGAUGACGUCAUUCCACAACCAGGGCCCCUGAAGGUGACGGCUAACAUUGUUUUUGGCUACGCUACGUGUGUUGAUGCUGAGGCUUAUGAGAUGAAUAAAGACGACGUGUCCAAUGGGAUCUUCAUGAGCUUCCUUAAGAGGCGCCUCCUAGAGGAUGAGAAGGUUACAGUCAUGCUUGAUAAGGUAGCUGAAGACAUGGGUCGCUGUGACAUCACGCGCGGCCGCCAGGCCCUGGAGCUGCGCAGUAACCUGUCGGAGCGGCGUGCUUUGACCGAUCGCGUCGAGGCCUCCAGCUGUCCCGUGGCCAUGUCGGCUCGGAACCUGCAGUGGGCCAUCGCUCACGUGCUUCCGGAGAGCCGCUGCCUGCAGUUCGACUGCGGCGUGAGGGUCCAGCUGGGAUUCGCGGCCGAGUUCUCCAACAUCAUGGUCGUCUACAGCCGCAUCCUGCACAGGCCGAGCCACGUGGUGGCCUGUACGGCCCAGCUGUCUGACUUCUCGGAGGGCGUAGACGUGGACUUGAAGCUGACCAAUCGGGAGAGCCCGCGGGACGCAGGCAGCUGGCUGCUCGCCGCUGACGAUUCGGCAGAGCUGAGCCUUUACACUCGCUUCACGGCGCUGCAGAAGCUCAAGAAGGAGCUCUCAUUCACGGUGUGCCUUCAGUACCAGUAUGACAGCCUGGAUGAGCAGGUGCAGGAGAGGCUGACGGUCUCUGUAGGCAAACCCCUGGUGGCUAAGCUGAACCUCUCUGAGGCCUGCCUUCCCUGCCACGCCUCCACGGCCUCCUCCUUCGACUCGCAGGUUUUCGGACCCGUGAGGUCUGGCGGUUCCCCUGAGCCACUUCACUGCUGCCCCCCAAGCGCACACAGCCAAAGCCCCUCCUCGGUCGGCUGGGCGCCGCAUCUGAAGCCGGGGAACUGUGCCAACGCCGCCUGCCCGGGCAGCGCCAACGUCCCGGAGGAGACAUUUAGCCCGGAGUUUGAGCUCCUCCAGACAGAAGCUCCUCAGGCUCCCUCAGCUGCCUGUAAGAGUGUGCAGCCCAGUCGCAGCCAUUUGGAAGACCCUCCCAUUUAGCCGGGCAAGCAGAACUUGGGAGGACCUUCCCAUCCCGCCGGGCAAGCAGAACUUUCACUCUUUUUAGAGAGUCAAACCACAGAACACAUCUCUUAAAUUGCCACUAAUCUGUAUUUUAUAUUUUAAAACAGGAUUACACUCUGUUCUAUUAUAAAGCAUUACUUAAAAUUAGGGUAACUGCAUGCGUUACGCUAAUCUCAUAUUUAGUAUCUAUUAACCUAGUUGCAAAGCGGUUGUUUUGUUCUAGAUUGAGUUUUAUAUUUUAAAAUGACAAUUUGCAUAAUGAGCAAAUGAUCCUGGGAUGGAUGGAUGGAUGGACGGACAGACAUGGAUGAACACCUUGGUUUAUGAGCACACUAAUCAGUAAUUAUUUUGCUUGUUUAUUAAUCAAGAAAUGUGCAUCUUUAUAUGUAAAGGUCAUGACAGUAAUAUGCUAGGUAUGCUUAUUUUUGGAAAAGCACAUACUGUGUAGUAGUUAAUGUGAACCGUAGUAUUUUCUAACCUAGAUGAAUGUAAUAAAGGACAACACAGAACAAAAUGCUCAGAUUUAUUUUCCUGGCUUUUUACUGAAGAACAACGCCUGUUAUGAAGUUUGUUCUACUGGACAACACUGCAGACAGUGAGAUGUUUUGGUAGAGAUGGUAUUUCACUCUUUCUUGCUGUGCUGAGGGAGCAAGUGUUCUCCUAGUUACACAAGUUAACUUUUCACCGAAAGCUGAAUCCUUGGCCCACCAGACCUGAUCCUUACCACUGCGUAAAGGGUCAUUGAUCAGGAAGGCUUUUGCUGUGGCUGAAAGAUGGUAGCAGAGAAUGGAAACUGUAUUUUCUAAUCUCCACUAAUAAAAUUGGAUUUGUUAUGUAUAAUGCGUCUUAUAUAUUUAAUUCAAAACAAUGUUGAAACAAAGUGGGCUGUUAUGUCAUGUCAUAACGCUUCCUUGUGGACUGAUUUAUAUAUGACUCAUUAAAACCUUGGCAGUAAUGAUGGUGUCACGUAACAGUAAAGAUGUAGGAAAGUCUGAAUCAUAUGACAGUGAUGCAUGAUGGAUAACAUCACCCUGAUCUACCGCAGUCUGCACAGCCGCUAGCCACGUCCAAUGGCAUUCCGACACAUCUUGCAAGAUGUAUUAUUUGAUUGUAAUGUUUUCAUGAUUAAUUGUUAAACACUCUUCUCUUUCAUUGAACAUUUUGCACAGUCCAGGGUUGGAAUCAGUUGUUACCCAGGUUGAAAAUUGCUGAUAAAUGUCAAAUAACUUCUCCAAUUGUAAGAGGUCGCAGAGUUUACCUGAAUAAAUUAAAUUUAUUUUGUAAAACCAUUUAUUUCAUAUUACUUAGUGGCUCAGUGGUGAGUAUCGUUGCCUCACACCCAGUACCGGCCCAAACCCAUGUGCAGCCCAGGGCGAACUUUCCUGCCACAGAAGUGGGUGUGGCAUCGGCGGUUGCUGAGUCAGCGCCCUUCAGAAGAUGGCUUGGGUUGACCGGCACUGUUCACACCUGCAUAGUUCAGUUUGAAUCCCAUCUCUGUGUAUGGCCUUUGCAUGUUCUCCCAAUGUUGUCUAGGUUACCUCUAGUAGUCCCGCCUUCCUCCCACUGUCCAAUCUCAUGCAGUUAGGCUAACCUGUAUCUCGAAAGUGUGUCUGCCGUGUGAUUGGCUGGGCGGCCAGGGUGUCCCACAUUCAUUGGCUUUUUAAAAGCAAAGAUAUGUUGAUUAUAUGAAUAUGUGUGAUAAUCUCAAGUAAAAUGUUAGUGAAACAAAAUAAAAACUUCUGUAAACUU